AUGCAACCAUCAACGCGGGUCUUCAGAGUCGCCGAACUCGCAUGGAUCAUUGCAUCUCAGCUCGACAAAGAGGCUCUCACAUGCCUCAUGUUGACCAGUCGUGGGAUGCACGAAACGAUCAAGCCAUGGUUCUACCGCAACCUGGGGACAUACAGCAACAAGACACCCAAAGGCUUGAAUAUCAAUCUUUGCGACUCUCCUGACGGGUUGAGAGCUUUGUCGAGGAACAUACAUUUUGUCAGGACCUGGGAGACCGAUCUUUUCAGCCUUGUCUUUAUCUCGCGCGCCACGGCUGCCAUCAAACAAUACCUCAACUACGACAGCAACGGCAGUACCAACAGCGGAAACGGCAGCGACAUGGGACUCGGUGCAUUUCCGGCGCCGCUUCUCUUGUUCCUGACGUGA